AUGACAACGUCGCAAACCUCGUCACUAUGGGCUCUUGCUCUAGCAACACUCCCUGAAAAGGACCAGCGCAUCUUCAAGAUACCUAGCACCUCAUCUCCGGACACCAAACAGACUCUGAACGAUAUUCUCUCGGCACUCGAAGUCCAGCGCGACCGCUGUACGCGGGAUAAAUGGACCACGAUCAGCAUCGGAGGGAAAAAGCUCAUCAUCCGUGAUGUCUGCGCCAAGAUUGCCGCCUACGUCAAGAAAUUCAUGGAAGUGGCUGAUGUCGCGGUCCAGUAUGACCCUGUUCACGCAGCGUUGCCGUGGGCCGGUGUGCGUUUCUUGCUGCAGUUGACCUUCUCUGGGUUUGAGGUUUUCGGUGCUAUUGUCGAGGGAUUGGAGAAGCCACGGGAUUGA